AUAGGUUGCCGUCCUCUCAACUCGCUGCAGAUCAAUUAUGUUAAGAGAACAUCUGUAAGUAGAGCUUAAUGAGGUCCAUUAGAGCAACAUGCGCUGCCUUCCCUAACGGUGCUUGUCAGCUUCUUGGAUGAGCUGGAGUGUGCUGCUGACUGGGGACCUGGUGGAGGGGCUUAAAUAGGAGAGGAGGCUCGACUCUCCGCCGCUUUUCCACUGCCAGAGAACCAGAGAGAGGCACGCAACGCACACACGGGCGCGCACACAGGCAAGAGACCCGGGGAGACAGGAGAAGGUGAGGAAGACGCGAGAGGGGGGUGAGAGUAAGAGACAAGAGAAGGAGAGAACGACUGAGAGACGGCUCCAGGACGCACCGGGGAGGGGGAUCCGACAUCCCAACAACUUGCGCAACUUUUUUUCCCCCAGAACUCCUCGUCGUCAAGUUUUUCUGCAGGCAACCUGGAGUUUGGCGAGCACUGAGAGAAAGUUGCCUUGUGGACACUUUUGGUUCAAAGUUGAGAGAACUCAAGACGACAGCCUCACAAACCUCUGCAGCAUUUGUUUUGGACAUCCCUGGCUCUACUCCAAGGUAUACAAAUGCUCUCCGUCCAGCCGGACACCAAGCCAAAAGGCUGUGCCGGCUGCAACCGGAAGAUCAAGGACCGCUACCUGCUGAAGGCCCUCGAUAAGUACUGGCAUGAGGACUGCCUCAAGUGUGCCUGCUGCGACUGCAGGCUGGGCGAGGUGGGCUCCACGCUCUACACCAAAGCCAACCUCAUCCUGUGCCGGAGAGACUACCUACGGUUGUUUGGUGUAACGGGGAACUGCGCAGCCUGCAGCAAGCUCAUUCCGGCCUUCGAGAUGGUCAUGAGGGCCAAGGAGAACGUCUACCACCUGGACUGCUUCGCGUGCCAGCUCUGCAAUCAGAGGUUUUGUGUGGGAGACAAGUUUUUCCUGAAGAACAACAUGAUCCUGUGCCAGACAGACUACGAGGAGGGGCUGAUGAAGGAGGGCUACGCUCCCCAGGUCCGCUGACCCUCGUAGGCCGACACGGAGGAAGAGGAGGAGGAAGAGGAGGAGUGGGAGAAAGAGAGAGACUGAAGGAGAGCUUGCAAUCACACAACAAAAAGCACUAUAGCCUCCUGUCCAUCUUCUGUCCCCCACAUGUACAUAACUAAGAAAGCCUCCCUUGGAGGGGACACAUUCUGCUGUACAAAAUAGCCAUAGAGACGCCGGCGUGGCAGGGAAAGGCCCUGGAAGCAUACAACACACUACAACAGUUUGUCCAUUUCUUUGUUUGUGACUGAUGGAUGCUGCCUCUUCCCUUCAGGCCAACUAACACUGGCCUCAGAGAAAUUUCUAACCAACAGGUGUUUCCCAGUUGUUGGAAGAAAAAAAAAGUAAACCCACCCAAAACCAGACUUGUCUCAUUUUAUCUGACAAGGACAGACAGCGUCCCACCUGACUGCACAGUCCACCAACUUCUACUUGAAUCUAAAACACACUGAGGUAUUGUCAAUCAAUGUAAUUUUGCGAUGAAGACCUUUUUACUGUAUUGAUAUCAGAUUUAAAAAAAACACGGUGAAUGUAAACUGAAGAGUGGCAAAAAUAACGCCUUGGGAUGACUGAUAUGUUGCUAUGUCUGUGUGUGUGUCUGUGUGUGUGUGUGUGUGUGUAUGUGUGUGGAUCCCUCUUCAGGAUGAGCACUUCUCCGCAGUGCAGUCUCACAAGGCUCGGUCUGGUCCAUAUAGUCGUUUCAGAACCUUAAGAAUCCAAACGAAAAUGUUGACCCAUGAUGACUAGUGAUAAUAAAUGUGUGAUUAGCUAGUCUGAAUGUCGAUGGAAAAACAUUUUCCAGGUCAAAGUAGACAGCAAUGGAAAAAACAUGGAUACAUUUCCUAAUUCUAAGGUAAACAGAGAAGCCACAGAGAAUCAUUAUCCACCAUUCAGCUCUGAGCUUUUUAUCCUCCUGCCUUCCUACCACCACACACAAGUCACACUAAGUCAGCAGCAUCUAGCAGGAGACCUAAGUGGAGCAGAUAUUUAUCAUGGGAGUGAUCCAAAGCUAAAGUGAGAGUAAAUAUUGGCUGCUGUCGCCGAUGAGAUGCUAAAGUUUCUCUUCGUCUGCUGGAUGUGUAAAUAUGAAGCUCAGUAUGUUGAUAGUACAAUGUGUGAAACGUUAUGACUUGUACUUGUUAAAAAAAAAAGAAAGAAUCAAAUAUAGCAGCUCUAAACGUUAUGGACCAGACUUAAUGCCUGUAAGACAAACACCUGGCUGUGUGAGAUCUUUCAUAGGGUGACGAGAGUCGCUUCUAUUCCUAAAAUGCAUUCCGUCAGUGCUACUUUCAGAUGUGGGUUGGACUGUGACUACAGGCUCUGUUCUCCUGCGGUGGAAGGCUGUGCAUUUUCUUUUUUGCAGUCUUUCUAUUUAUUGAAACCUUGCUUUUGCAUUGGUCCAACGGAAAUUCUCAUGGAGGCAGGUUGUUGUAGCGGUUGUCGGGGGUGAAGGGAUCGGUGUGGGAUGGAGGGCGGGUUGGUUACUUUUUUGUAUACUAUUUAUUUGAUAAACGUUCAAUGCUUCACCAGUUGUCCGAGAUUAUGCAUUGUUUGACUUGCUGGUACUUAAAUCCAGUGGAUGUUUUCUCAAUCGCUGGCUUAUGUGGAGGGUGGUUUCAGUGCAGCAGCUACCUGCACAACAAGGUCAGUCAUCUCAGUCGUGAUGGCUCCCUGCUGCAGAGGAGUCACAUCCUUUUCAAACAUUCAAAACCGUUCCUGUUUCUAACCUUAAAUAUCAGCAGCUGAGCGUGUGAUACAGUGCUCAGCAACAUUUCUUAGCUGGUAAAGAAAAGAUCCUUCUCUAAUUUGUAAAUUAUGGGUGUACAUAAAAGAAAUAUUCAUUUUUGCUUGCUAUUGUACAAUGAUUUCUUUUUAUGUGUCAUCCAGCAUGAGAUGUUUAUUUUUAGGACAACGCUUGUAAAUACUGUAAUUGUAAUAAUUUUAAGCACAAAUGUAAUACAGUUUUAUUGUGUUACCAGUGA